AAUUAUAAAUUAACUGCAAUUCAAUCAUCCCGCCAUUUCCAACUUUUUGCUUGCUGUGGAAGCUCGAGACAAACUAUGAGUUUUCUAAUUAGGGUUCAUAGUUUCAAUUUCCUUUUCCCCUCCCACCCCAACUUUCUUUCACCACUCGACCAUGCCGAUCGAAAUGCCCCCAGGCCUGCCAUUCUCGGUGGAUACAUGGACUCCUUCUUCCAAGCAAAAGCGCCACCAUUUUCUAACGCACGCACACAUGGAUCACACCAUUGGAAUUGCCGCCGCCCAUUCCUCCUUCCCUAUUUUUUCUACUUUUAUCACCAAAUCCAUCGUUCUUCAGCACUUCCCUCAGCUUCAUGAUUCGUUGUUCGUAUGUAUCGAGGUGGGGCAAACGCUGGUCGUAAAAGAUCCUGAUGGUGAUUUCACUGUUACAGUUUUCGAUGCUCAUCAUUGCCCUGGAGCUGUUAUGUUCUUAUUUGAAGGCAAUUUUGGCAAUAUUCUACAUACGGGUGAUUGCAGACUAACUCCUGAGUGCCUACAGAACUUACCUGAGAAGUAUCGUGGAAAAAGUGGUAAAGAGCCAAGGUGUAAACUGGAUCUGAUUUUUCUAGAUUGCACAUUUGGUAGAUUCUUUCAACAAUUCCCCAGCAGACAUUCAGCAAUACAUCAGGUUAUUAAUUGCAUAUGGAAACAUCCUGAUGCUCCUUUGGUAUAUCUGAUUUGCAGUCAUCUAGGACAGGAAGAUAUAUUGCAACAAGUAUCCCAAACAUUUGGUUCAAAGAUAUUUGUCGAUGAAUACACGAAAGCAGGUUACAAGGCUCUUGAACUUAUAGAUCCUGAUAUCCUCACUCAAGAUCCAUCCUCCCGCUUUCAUCUGCUUCAUGGAUUCCCUAAACUAUGUCAAACUGCAAAAGCACUGCUUGCAAAUGCCCAGACCAAUUUUCAGCCGGAACCUCUCGUAAUACGCCCUUCGACUCAGUGGUAUGUUCGUGAGGAAUUGUCAGAGAUUUGCAACACAAGGAAACAAAUAAUUAGUGAAGCAAUUAAAGAUCAGCACGGUAUUUGGCAUGUCUGUUACUCAAUGCACUCGUCGAAGGAAGAACUAGAAUGGGCCUUGCAAAUUUUAGCACCAAAAUGGGUUGUUUCAACCACUCCUGGUUGUCGGGCUAUGGAUUUGGAUUACGUGAAAAAGAAACCCAGUUGGUCUAGUUUAACUUCCAAUGGCCUAAUCUGGAAGCUUUUUGGUUUAGCAGAGGAAAGUUCUUCAGAUUUAGAUGCUUCAGUGAUUGAAGUGAGGUGUUCUCCUAUAGUUGAAACAUCCACUCUAAAAGAUAUGGAUCCUCAACUUCAGCCUGCAAAAUUGUAUGCUGUUCCUAGAGAAAAGUUAGACAUUUUGUCUCCAAGCAACUUGCCACCUCUCACAUUAUUCGGACGAGCUAGACUCGCCACCAAAGAUGCCAAUAUGUUACCGGAAGAAGUUUCAUAUCCAUCAACAGAGAAUGAGCCUGUAGAAGCAGUUGGAGAUAAAGUAGCAGACUUGUCCAUUCACGAUGCAAAUGGUAGACCGAGUGACAAACCAUCAAAACAUUCUAAAAACGAAGUUAACUCCAAAGGAAAACACGAGAAAUUUGCAAACGACAGGGUAUUAUUAGCUGAUGAAAGCGCCUCUCAUUGCUCUGAUCGGGCUAGGCUCCAUACUUCUGAAGUAGAAGUUGUGUCCAUGAACAACAAUAACCCACCAGAAGCAGUCAGCAGUGAGGUAGAAGAACUUCAUGUCCAUGAGCAAGAAAGUAGAGGUAAGGGAGACAAAUCGUUAGACGAUUGUGAAGAUGUCGUUACCGUUCCCAAAACACACAUUGGGAAGCUAGUAAAGGAUGACAGAAUGCCAGUGCGUAGUAAUUCACAUGUUUUAAGUGUUGGAUCUUCAAAAGGUUUUAAUGACAGGUUUAGAAAGUUGUACAGGUCAAUGAAUGUAGCUGUGCCGGAGCCUCUUCCUUCGCUUGUGGAGCUUAUGAAAUCCAGAAAACGGGCAAAGCGGAAUGCAUAUUUCUAGACAUAGCUUAGCUCAUCGCUACUGGCAGCUUGCUAAGUGACAAGGUACACAAUUUUUUUAGCAGUUUGUAUUGCAAAGGUAUAUAGAGAUGAUAAUUUGAUUCCUUGUCCAAAGUUAGGAAGCUUAGAGAUAUUGAUUUCUUUUUCAAAUUCUUGAUUGUACAAUGUUGAGGAAUAAAUUUGAUUAAUUCAUAUGGUAUGAAUAAAAGUAGCACCAGAUUUGGUGCUUCAUUUUAAA